UGACUGUUUUGGUUGUUGUUUUUUAGGUAAGCCAAGAGUGAAUCAAAUCAAAUUGUAAAUGCUUUGUUGAAUGGUUUGACAAUGCUUUUGGUUAUUGAUCUCAUCCGAAUCUAUUCAUUUAUCUUGUAAAUUUACAUUUUGCUUAUUUUGUCUUUGCAUUUUUCCUCCUUCAUUUACAACUUAAGACAUUGCUGUUUGCCUCCAUUGCUUGUGAUCCAAGCAUCAUUUCACUUUUGUCCCUCGUUUUUAUCCAGUCUCCAAUAAUGACUUUUAAGCCUUCUACGAUUAAAUUAUCAACUAAUAUAAUAACCAAAUCAUUGGGAUUAUCCUUGAUUCUCUCAUUUUUUUCAAAUCAACAUUUAAUCUCUGCAAUUCCAGUUCACCAACUUGACUCAUCUUGUUCAUCAUUUUGUGGGGAUCAAUACCAUUCACUUAAAGAAUGGACCUCUUGUGCCCGUGGAUGUCGAUUUUUUUCAUUAAUUCAAAUUCUCGCUAAACCACAAUCGCUUGAUGCAACUCAAAAAUCAUGUCUUAAUACUUGUAAUGAAGCUUACAAUGAGACACAAUUGAGGAAAGCAUGCUCAAGCGGCUGUAGGAAGUCAAUUGAAAUGAUAACCAGUGCCAAGACUGGACACAGUAAUUCUGAACAUCAAUUACUCAGUUCAGCUGAACAAUGGAUCCACCAUCUUGGAAUGUCACCAUUUGAGGAAACCGUUGAAUCUCCACAUCAUGAAUUUACUUGGCCAUUUCACUUUUUGAAUGACAUUUACAAACAGCUGACUGACCAGAUUACUUCAUCGACUAACUGGAUUAAAAGUCGAUCAAGUUAUACUUUAAUGUUUGGCAAUGGUUCCAAUGGCAGACAAAUCUUCCUGGUCCGAGCUCGACCCCACCUCACAGUUAACCCAAGUCUUUCACAUUCCAAUUUGGCAAUUAAUCCGAUUCAUGAACAAAGUACAUUCCAUGUAAUUGCUUUCCCAUCUGUCUCAUCCGCAUCAACAUCUUCCUCAUCUUCUUUACCAUCGUCAUCGUCACAUUUUUCAGCAAAUAAACAAAUUAAAUUAUCAGCUUCACCAGCCAACAUUGUCCCAACAAAUCGCAUUAACUACCAAACAGAUCAAAGUCAAUCCUUUGCUCGUUGGGUUACCGAUACAAGUCAAACCAUAGUCAAAGAUCUAAGGCUUUUGAUGGCUCUUCUUUUGGCAAUCGUAGUCUUAUCCAUUGUUACCUUUAGUGAUGGCCUAUGUUGGUCCGUUGAUCGGACGAAAAAGCAACCCAGCACUCAAGAGAAGGCAGAAAAUAACGAAUCAACAGCGCCUUUUUUCAUCUUAAAUAACUCAUUGAAAGGUGACAAGGAGCUUUUAGCUGAUGAUAACAAAAAGGAAGAGAUGAUUCAAGAAGAAAAUGAAAGACCACCGACUUAUGAUGAAACCAUUAAAACAUCAGCUCUUAAUUUUGCCUCAUUGGCGUCUUCCCGGGAAUCCAAAGCUUAAACCUGACUUAAACCUUCAUCUAUUAUAAUUAUGAUAACAUUAAUGAUCGUUCAUUAUUCUUAUAAUUAGAAAUAUUAUAACCCCUGGAAAAGGAAACAACGGAAAGAAUCAAAGGACAAAAGUAACAUUGAAAGUUAUCAUUAGGUCCAAAGUGAUGCCCUAAAAUGCAAAAAAGCCCCAAAAAUGAUCUCCACAAUUUGAUAAUCUAUCAUCAUGAAGAAACCAAAAAACGACAACAAAUCAAAGACAACCACCAAAACUUAUAGCAAUAGAUACCAAACCUUAAUUACGUCUAUUUGUAGACAAAAAUCAAAUAUUAUUAAUGAAUACUAAUUACUUAAAAUAAUUGAUUACUAUUGUCCUCAAACUUUCCUCGCCGUCAAUGGUUUUUUCAGUCAUUGAGGCAGGCAAAGUUGAAUCCUGAAUGCAAACGAAAAAAGUAACAACAAAAGCUUAAUUAACAUUUUUCAUCAUUAAUUAAUCGUUAAUUUGAUCAAGCCUUUAAAAAACAAUAUUUACAUAGUUUAUUAUCAUUAUAAUUAUUAUUAUUUACAUUAAUAAUGAUGCUCAGUCAAUGAUGGAUCUAAUGAAACGCUGCAAAGAGUUAUCUUCAAGUUCCUUGUUAGCUCAUGUUUAUUUUUCAAAGCACAAACAUUUACAUUGAAAUUUAAUUAAAUGGAAAAUUAAAUUCAUCUUUUGAUUAACUUACAGUUAAAUAGAGAUAAAUUCAUGUUAAAUUAGUUAACAGAAUUACAAUUUAAUUGUAUUGUUAUCAUAAAUUAAUCAAAUUUAUAAGAAGCAACAAGCCAUUCAAUUUCAGGCUUUCCUCUUCAUUCUUCACCCUUUUUUGAUAAUACAGUCAUUUAUAUUAUGAUUUAUAAAAUUUAAAGUAGAUUUAAAUUUUUCUGUCUCUUAAUUGUUAACUUUUAUUGUAGACCAGCAGUUACUGUACCUGUAAACAAUCAAACAAUCACAGAACGGCAAUGUUAUCCAUGUAAUAUGUUAUUAAAUUGGUAAUACAAUAAAAGUCAAUACAUGAAAAAGGUAAACACUAAA